UCUUCAACUUGUCUGCCUAUUCUCAACCUUCCGCUCCAAUUGCAUCUGGUACUCCUCGUAUCAUGGUCCAAACAAUCGCUUCCUCUGUCCACCGAUAUCCCUGCGACAAAUGCACAAGGUCAUUUACCAAGAAAUGUGACUUAAAACGCCAUAAGCCUCAACAUUGGACGAAGAAAGAACGAGAAAAAGUGAUGUACAAAUGCCCUGAGUGUCCACGCAUGAUGCUACAACGAUCCAACUUGCAAACGCACAUUAACCAUGUACACAAGAAGAUAGUCUACAGCAAGGUUAACUAUACUUCCACGACGACAGAGCCAGUAAAAAAGAGAUGGCACAAAACGAGUCAUUGCAAUGCACCAGAUCCCCGCCUCGAACGCCAACACACACCGGCUAGUAACAACAUUCGCAGUGGAACCAUCACCAGUCCCUUCGAUGAGCGCUACUACCUGUGGCUCUGUGUUUGA